AUGGAGCACGAUACAUUCACAGCAGCACAAUACAAGACUAGUGAUGCGACAUCUUUCGCGCAUACGUCGGCGCGCGAGAGAUGGCCUGUGAUCCUUACCCAAGGCAUUGAUGAUGUGCACCGCGCCACAUAUGGGACUACCAACGAUGAGGCGCUGAGCGAAGGCAAAUGGAUCGUCUCAGAGCUGGCGAAGCUCAAAUAUGAAGUCCAGCACGACCGCGAACUCACACCAAUUCCGGAUGAUGGACAGUCUGAUGUUGCCGCGUAUAAUGAGGAACUGGCUGCAAGAGGCAACCCAAAGUGGCACAAUGUCCCUUGGCUGUACGCCGAGUGCUACCUUUACCGACGCGUGUCGAGCAUCUUCAAGCGGACCAAGCAAUGGAAAUCUUACGAUCUCUUCGCUCGUCAGAAGAUGUCCACAUUCAAGUCAUCGCGUCCUGCCGUUCUCGAACUUGCCGCUCGCUACAAAGACAUCGUCACCGACCUGCGGGAGAGGCGCACAUCGAGCAGCACACAAAUAUCAGAGCAAGUGGCGGAAGCAGAGAAGAUUUUGUUUGUCGAGAUGUGUGAGAUUUGUUUGUGGGGUAAUGCUACAGAUCUGUCGCUUCUUACUAACCUCUCGUAUGAAGACAUACAAAAGCUACAGGGCUCAGAAGCAAGGAAGAAGGCAGAGAAGAAUAUUCUCGUCAAUGAUCUGGACAAGGUAUUUGAGGUAUUGAGCGCUGCUCGAAAGUCAGGAUCGAAGAACCGUCGUGUCGACAUCGUUCUGGACAACGCCGGCUUCGAGCUCUUCGUUGAUCUCAUCCUAGCUGGUUACCUAAUCUCAGCUGGCCUUGCUACAACCGUCGUUUUUCACCCAAAGUCAAUACCCUGGUUCGUCUCAGACGUACUGCCAGCCGACUUUGCUGCACUCUUGUCUGCUCUGGCCAACCCACAAGGCUUCUAUAGCACACCCUCGGAGGAUGAGAAGCAAGCUGGAAGAGAGCCGACUCCGCUGUCUGACUCCGAGCACGCGAACCUGCAAUUCCUGUUUCAGAGCUGGAGCAGUAUCUACGCCGAAGGUCAAUUUGUUCUUCGACCAAACGACUUCUGGACGGCUGCUGGCAGCUAUUGGCGUCUUCCCAAAACCCAACCGGAGUUGUACGAAGACUUGAAAGGGAGCGAGUUGGUCAUCUUCAAGGGCGACUUGAACUACAGAAAACUCACGGCCGAUGCCGCUUGGCCGGCAACGACUCCCUUCACAGAAGCGAUUGGGCCUAUGGGUCCCGGUUCUGGUAUCCGCGUAUCGGCCCUGCGUACGUGCAAGGCCGACGUCGUUGUAGGAUUAAGAGAAGGAGAAGACGAGAAACUCAGAGCGACUGAAGGUGGCGGUGGAGACAGUGGUGCGAGAAAAUGGGCCUGGAACGGCAAGUGGGCUGUUGUGCAGUUCUCUGAUGGUAAGGCUUAG